AAAUAACUUUAUUGUCUCGCUUGCCCAAUUUAUUGGCAAUUUAUGAUUAAAACUCGUAAAAAUUUUAAAUUAAUGUUUUUAUUAUUUGUAAUAAAUAAUAAAUGUUAACAUUUAUAAUGCAAUAUAUCAAUAUAAUGCAAAGACCACAAACUAGUACUGCUGUAUUACAAAAUAAAUUUGAAAGGUUUUAUAAAGGAACAAAAAAUGAAUCAGUAGAGUUUUCUGGGAAUACUCGUCCAGGCACACCUGGUCAAAAUGUAUUGGCAAGACCACCAUCAUCCUUUGCUGCGCUCAAUCAAGUAUCAACUGGUAAUUCACGUUUAAAUACAAUUAAUUCAAAUAAUUCUGGAACAUGUAAUAUUGCAUUUCCUUUGUCUGGUCAAAUGAAUAUAAAUAUUUUGGAAAGACCAAUCACUCAACAUGGAGUGGCAGGUCUUAGACCUGGAACUGGUAAAAAUUUAUCAAUGACUAGACAAAUUCAAGAUAAAAGAUAUUAUAAUGGACUUAUGCAAUUAAAAAUUAGAGAAUUAAAUCAAGAAAUUGCUGUUAUUAUGAAAGAUAUUGAAGAUCAAACUAAAGAAAGAGCUACUUAUCUGCAUUAUGAUAAAAGAGCCAAAGAUUUGGCUAUGGAGUUAACAGCUUUGCAAGGACAACUAGCUGAUUAUAAUAUCAUUGUAGAUAAAAUGACAUCUGAUAUUGGAAAAGAAAUUAUUGAAGAAGAAACUGAAAAACUUGCUAGAAAAAAUGAAGAAAUUUUAUCAAGAAUUGAAAAUAUGUUUGAAGAAAGAAAACAAUUAGAACAAAAACUAACAAAGAUACAAAAACAAUUAGAAGAUGAAAAGAAAAAAACAGAACGACUUAUAGACAGUAUGGAUUCUGAUAUGAAGGAAAAAUAUGAUGAAUUAUUAAAAGAAAAAAUAAAAGUGGAAGAAAAAGCAAAUGAACUGCAACAAAAAUUGGAUGAAUUAUACAAAGAACAAGUUUAUUUAGAAGAAGAAAUAACAUUAUCUCCUUUGAAACAGGAAGCAGUUAAAUUACAUCUUAAAAUAAUAGAAAUGGAAGAAAAAAGAGAUAAGUUAAAAGAAGAAGAGAAACAAAGAAUUUCACCAGAAGAAGAAAAAGAAAAAUUAUUACAGAAAAUUAAGCAAGAUAAUAUGAAUAUUGCAGCUGCUGAAGCUCAAUUAUCUGAAAAAAAAAAACAAAUUCAAGAAACAGAACAAAAACUUGAACAAUUAGAAGCAGAUAUAGAAGAUACUCAAUCUGAAAAACAAAUUAAAUAUAACGAGCUUCGUAAACGAGAAGAAACUAUAGAACAAUUUAUGAGUUCUUUUGAUCAAAAUAAAGAAGAUGAAACUAAAAAAUUGCAUAAAUUAGAGAAUACAAUAGUUGAAUAUUUAGAAAAUAUUUCGAAUAUGUUAAAUAUUGAUAUUGAUUUUAUAGGAAAUGAUGAAAUGGCUAUUCUUAAUAGUUUACCAUCUUUCAAUGAAUAUGAAUAUAUUAACAAGGAUUAUAAUUUUGAAAAAUUAACAAAAGAAAAUUUAAAGUUGCAACAAAUUUUUAAUAAAAUGCAAAUAUUAGAAGAAAAACUUAAAGCAGAAUUUGCUGAGUUUAAUGAAAAAAUGAGUGACAAAGAAAAUAAGUCAAUAAUUAUAGAAGAUUUAGAUACUUUGAAAACUAAAUUGACACUAAAACAAGAUCAAUUAAUAGCAGAAUGUGAACAAUUGAAACAUGAACAAGAAAAAGAACAAGAAGAGAUUAAAACAAUUCAAUCAGAAUAUAAUGAAAUAAAACAACGUUUAGAAAAUAAUGAUAUAUAUGUUCAAGUUAGUGCACUGGAAAAUAAUGUAGAAAAAUUGCAAAAAGAACAUAAAAAUAUUGAAGAAUUUAUUACCAAAGAAAAAGAACGUGAAUAUCGUAGACUAGAUUUAUUAUCCAUGGACCGAGAUCAUAUAUACUCUACUAAGUUGGCCAAGUUAAAUAUAAAAAAAAGUUGCACAAAAAAAAAUGUUGUAAAAUUUAUAAAAUGUAUAUGAAUUAUUUUCUUUCUUUUUUUAUUAAUUAACACUGUUCAUUUAAUUAAUUUGCUUUUUUAU